AUGAACAGCCAACAAGAAGUGGAACACGAGGGUCUUUGCGCUUUUGUUUUUCGCUAUCCAAAUUCUUUGGCUGCGUUGGCAGUGGGAGACAAAGAAUACCCUAGAAGGGUGGCGUUUGCGUGUCUGAACGAGGUGUAUCUACAGUUCACGCAGAGCGUGCCGGCGAGCAAGUGGAGAAGUUUGGAAAUAAAAAAAGAAAAAAAUAAUAAAUCCAACAAUCCAGAAAUAGAUUUUGGAGAAAAGAUGCAAACUCUUUUGAAGAAGUACAAAAACCCCGCGCUCUCGGACCAGCUGGUUCAGGCUCAGCUCAAGGCAGACAGAGCACAAGAGGUGGUACGACAGACUGUUGUCUCAGUGCUGAGACAAGGAGAGAGUUUGCAGGAGUUAAUAAACAAAAGCGAAGACCUUUCGGUUUUGGCUGCUGCAAAAUGCAGUAAGUAG